CCCUGACGCAACCUCAGCCGAGUGCUCGCCAUCUUGAUGAGACGACACUUGCAGGAGUACCAUUGCCAUCCGGGAUGUACUUUUCCAAGAGCUCGUACUACUCCGCAGCGGAGCAUGCCGCCAUGCUCAUGGGCAAGGUUACACAGGCGGGGCUGGAGGCGUUGAUUUUCUUGGCUGAUUGGCAUCAGAACCACAUCUGCUGCGAGUUUUACACCGAGGAGACGAUCCGACAGAUGGAGAUUGACACGCGCAAACUGGUGCGGCUCUUGAUGACUCAGUAUUCACGGGAUGGGCAUGGUUGGAAUCUCAUUAAGAUCCAUGGCCUCAACCACAUGCCCGAAGCCAUCCGACGUGGCGGUCAUCCGCGCGAGUAUUCGACACGUUCGAAAAUGCCCACGUCCGUUUGUGCAAGGAGCCGUUCCGGGCAUCAAACAAGCGUGGCCAUGUUGGGGGGCAGCUCGACACAGCAUGCCAUGCAGUGUCUUCCACCUGCGCUGGAGGGGGAAACGCACGAGUACAACACUGCGGCUAAGCGGAGUGGAGGGGUCGCCCCACGCCUGGUCCUACGCGUGGCCCGCACGGCAAUUGGGGGGACACAACUCGCUCAGUGGACUAUGGCAGGUUUGCUGAAGGCCUUGGCAGCGGGUCGCUCCCAAUUAUUUUUGUUCCAACGUUGGGCAGGCACGCACCUGAGGCAGGCCGACUCUGACCACCAGUUCAGCGACCAUCUCGGAUGGGUGUGACGUCACAGCUCGCGGUUAUUCGUUGUUCAUGGAGUACAAUGACGGGUGGAAUUCUAGCUGGGUAUUGCCGGGUCAUGCAGAGGCACGGCUUCUCCAGCACUUAGGCAUAGGUGCACAGGGCAAUUGCUCUACCAAAGAACGACGUGCGGACUGGUGAGGCAACGGCCCGAUAUGCGCGUGCUGCACCCCAACAUUUUCGUUUGUCGAGUAUGGUCCACCUGAUACUGUGGCGGCGUAUGGGAAGUUAGUGUUGCUGUUGUGUGCCCGCAAGGAGGAUGUCGCUCAAGGGGGUGCUGCGCACGAGGUCGCAUACAUUAAGCCAUGGAAGUGCGACCGCGUUGAUGCCUUGGCGGGAUGCAUGAGGCUGCAGGAGGUGCAAAGUGUCAAACAUGUUUAUUGAUCAUGUUUGUAU